AUGAAUGCAUUCGUUUGGAGUUUAAUUGUUGUAUUGUGUACAUUACUAUCGUUUCUUAUUAUAAUCGCUCUUUACUUGCAAAGAAAAUCAAACAGAACAAGUCUCUGGCAAUCGUCAGCAACUGUACAAUCAGUUAUUAGAUCAGCACCGAUUUCAAGAAGAUCAUCUUCAUCAUGCUUGAUUAAUCUCGAAAAGCAACAGCAAUCGUCAAGAUCUCGUUCGGCUUCGUUUGGAGAAGAUCUUACUGCUCGUCUUCAAAUUUUAGCUUCUGGUACUAGUUAUCGUUCUUAUUCUCCAGCGACCAUCCAUCCUGCAUCACGUACAACUCGCUCAUCACUCGGUGGAACUAAUCGUUUUCCCAUAGUCAGCACUAUAUUUCCGAUCACUCCAGUAAAACCAACUGUGCCUGCAAUUACAUUUCAACUUCGAUAUGAACAAAUAUUGGAAACUUUAUUUAUUAGUAUUUUUCAAUUAAAUAAUUACACGACAAUUAAAGAUACUCAAAAUAUAUAUGUUAUUCUUUAUUUAUUACCCGAUGAUGACGAACAACGUCGAACACGAUCAUCAACCGAUGGUAUAUUUAAUGAAAAUUUUCAUUUUCUAUUAAAAUCAGAUCAACUAUUAAAACGAACAUUACGUUUAACAGCAUAUAAGGUUGAUUUAACAACGCGUAUUCGUCAAAUCAUUGGACAUUCAUUUAUUAAAUUUGAUAAAUUUAUUGAUGAAAAUAAAAUUGAUAAAACUUUUUCAACUAAUACAUUAUUAGAAUGCCUCGCUCAGGAUUUAAAUAUUCGAUCAGAUUAUCUCGGAGAAGUAAUAUUAACAAGUUCUUAUUUAAAAAAUCAAAAUCUCAUCCAAAUACGAAUACAACAAAUUAAUCAAUUACAUAUUGAACAAUCGAAAUUUAAAACUCCACUGAACGCUCAUUUCAGUGGUCAAACAUCUAGUAUAUAUAAUAAAUAUCAUUGGGCAACUACACCAUCAUUUAUGAUUCCUUCAUCAUCGUCAUUUAUUAUUGAUCAGACAUUACAGUUACCUGCUUAUGCAUCGUUGGUAUCAGCAAGUGACAAUCAAGUUGAAUGUCAUCUUCAACUUCAUAUACAUAAUUCUAAUCAAAUACAUAGUCAUGCUCGAUGGAAACAUUCGCUACAGUCGACUAUUCCACAUACGUAUACUGUGUCACUUGUUGCUUUGUAA